GCAAACACGGCGCUGAAAAUAAUAAGCGGCCAUCAAAAUCGAUGCAGUUUUUGCAAAAGUGAGUGAGAUGGACGAUAGCAGUGUGAGCGAGAUGACAAUACCCAAUGUUUCAUCAAUGUGUCUCUAAAACACAGAGGCGAAUUAGACCAAUCCUCCCCUGCCUAAAAACAUUCAAAAUUCAGUGAAGUGAUUUUUCCGAGCGUUUUUUUGCAAGGAAAAGCGCCCCAUUUUCCACAAUAUUUCCGCCCAAAAAACAACCCAGCCCUUGGAUUUGAAGCACCAACAAUGGAAUCAGAGGAAUUUGCAGGAAUUCCACCAAUUUCCACGGCGGAACCGCAAAAAGAGGGUGAUGAGACGGAUAAGAGUGUGAAUAGUAUUGAAAAUGAAACUCCAAAGUCCCCAAUUGAGGGGAAUACAGAUGCCGACAGGGAUGAAAUGACGCCAGACACGGGACCAAAGUCACCGGAUGCACCUGCUUCACCACGAUCAAGGUCAGCAUCCCCUGAGAAAGUAAAUGACAGCACAACGGCCAGGAAGAGUCGUUCCCGAAGUCGUUCGGCAACACCAAAAAGUCCCGGAGAGGAUGAUCAGGAAGUAGUGCGAGAGGAUGUGGUUGAGAAUGAAUCAGUUCGAUCCGGAAGUCGCUCCCGGAGUGGUAGUAGAGCUUCGGAGGUUUCUCGGCAUUCUGUUCGAUCGCGCAGUGGCAGUGCAGCUUCCCGGCGUUCCCGGAGUGGAAGUAGGGCAUCUGGGGGCUCAGCACGAUCACGCAGCGGAAGUCGUGCAUCGGUAAAGUCACGCAAUGGUAGUCAGGCGUCGGGUAGGUCGCGAAGUGGAAGCCGGGCAUCUGCUCGUUCACGCAGCGGAAGCCGGAAAUCACAGAGUCCCAGCAAGGGAACAGCCCGAUCUCGCAGUGGAAGUGCAGCCUCCAGGCAUUCAGCAAGAUCCCGCAGUGGGAGCCCAAAAUCACCAAGGGCUCGCAGUGGAUCCCCUAAAUCGGCAAGAUCCCGCAGUGGAUCCGCCAAAUCAGCUAGAUCCCGUAGCAGAAGCCCCAAAUCUGUGAGAUCACGCAGUGGUACGCCGAAAUCGGCAAGAUCUCGCAGUGGAAGUAGGAAAUCCGGGCGAUCGCGCAGUGGAAGUAGGAAAUCCGGGCGAUCGCGCAGUGGAAGUUCCGCUCGAUCACGUAGCGGUAGCCGAGCUUCACGAAAGUCAACAACUUCCCGGCGAUCGCGUGGUAGUCGAUCACGCAGUGGCAGCGCAAAAGGAUCACGAUCUCGGAGUCGAUCGCGAUCCCGGAGUGGCAGUCGAUCGCGAUCUCGCAGUGGAAGUCGAUCUCGCAGUGGCUCACGAUCACGCAGUGGCAGUCGAUCGCGAUCUCGUAGUCUUGGAUCGCGAUCACGAAGCCGUGGGAGAUCACGAAGUGUUAGCCGCAGUCGUAGCCGGAGCUCCUCGAGCAGAUCACGAUCACGAUCGCGCAGUCGAAGUCGCAAGAGAUCUCGCAGUGGUUCCUCCAGUUCACGAUCACGUUCCGGAUCUCCGGUCCGGAAGCGUCGGGCAGCUCUUAUUUCCGGAUCAGAAGAUGAAGGGGAGGCGGAGAAGAAGAGUCAAGUCCCGGGUGAGGAGGGGGAUGCAGAUGGGAGUGGUGUGCAGGGAGAGGGAAAGGCAGAUGGGGGCAAUGGGACGCUGUAUGACUCCGGGGAGGAUGAAGGGAAGCCCGGGGGUGGGGAUAGUGAAUUUGUGUCGGAUUUCGAUUCAAUGCUUGCCCGGAAGCGCGAAGAGAAGUCCCGACGGAGGAAGAAGCGCGAUAUUGACUUAAUAAAUGACAAUGAUGAUCUCAUUGAUCAGCUAAUAAGGAAUAUGAAGAUUGCCGCAGAGGAGGACAGGGAGCUAAAUAAGGAUAAUCAGCCGGCAACGAAGAAGAUUUCAAUGCUGAAGCAGGUGAUGUCGCAAUUGAUAAAGAAGGACCUCCAAUUGGCCUUCUUGGAGCACAAUAUCCUCAAUGUUUUGACUGAUUGGCUUGCGCCGAUGCCCAAUAAAAGUCUUCCCUGCCUUCAGAUACGCGAGAGUAUCCUUAAACUUCUGUCAGAUUUCCCAACAAUUGAUAAGAGCUAUCUAAAGCAUUCGGGCAUUGGGAAGGCUGUUAUGUAUCUCUACAAACACCCCAGAGAAACUAAAGCAAAUCGUGAUCGUGCUGGACGUCUCAUAUCCGAAUGGGCUCGUCCCAUUUUCAAUUUGAGCGCUGAUUUCAAAGCCAUGUCGCGUGAGGAGAGACAACAGAGAGAUCUGGACCAAAUGCCGAAGCGUCGUAAAACAAGCCCAGAACCAGGAGCUUCGGGAUCUAAGAGAGAUUUGAAUGCUUUCGCCUCGGAGGAGAAAGCUCUCCGGCCGGGUGAUAAAGGUUGGGUGGGACGUGCUAGGGUACCUAUGCCCUCAAACAGAGACUACGUGUAUCGUCCACCAUCGAGUUCGGACGUUGAUAUGAGUCGCACCACAAAGAAGAAGCCCAAUAGAUAUGAGCAGCACAUGAAGAAAUUCAUUGAGGCAAAGAAGCAAAAGAAGAGCCGACGAGCUGUUGAGAUAUCCAUUGAGGGACGCAAAAUGGCACUGUGAGCGAUUUUUCAGUGUUUAUUUUUAGACUUUAGUUGCAAUUGGAUUUAGUUUCAUUUUUUUUGGAUUAAAUUUUAAUGCAGAAAA